AUGCGCAGAGCGACAGCGCCCUCGUCGCCGCUUCGCCGCAAUGGCGCUCGGAUUCGCAAGGCUCUAGAACAUUGCCACCUUGCCGAGCACGUGCAGCAGCUCAUGCACCACUUGCCCCCUCUCCGCGUGCUUGGACUCGAUGUCAACACCAACAGCACCGGGUUCGCUGUUGUAACGGAACAUGGUCGAGCGUGUCGCUGGGGCCAUAUCCCCACAGCGCACUUCGCCAGCGCUGACGUGCUCUCGAUCGGCAGCGUCGUCGAUAAUGUCUUAGCGACUGUAUACGAUGCUGAACAGCAGCAAGAGCCAGGAGCUCAAUGGCUCGUGGGUAUUGAAGCGUUCAUGCGGAUGUUCUGCUCCGGACGCUUCCACAACGCUGGCAUGUUCCAGCUCGCCCAGCUCAAUGGCAUCGUGUCGUUUGCCUGUUGGAAGCGCUUUCAUGCUUUGCCGCUGCACACGCACCCGUCGGCUGCGCGCGGGUUCUUUGGUCUCAGUUCUUCACCCAAAAGCCGCACCAAGAGCAGCAUCAAGCAUCGAGUCAUGGAAUUUCUAGAGCAGCACGAACCCGAGGCGACGCGUCAACAGGUUGGAACUUCAACAGCUCUGCCUGGGCUAGAGCGUACGCGCACUGGCGCGCUUGCCGACUCGGCGUUCGACAUUGCUGACGCUUACGUGACCGCAUCGUACACGCGCUCCGUGCACUUGCAGAAGCAGCUGCUGGUGCAGUUCCCCCAACUUGUGCAGCACUUUUCGACCCGAUACCUCGAGUUGACACGUGAAGCAGCUGGUAAGCGGAAGACGAACAAGGAGUCAGUCGAGAGGGAGACGCUAAAGACGAUGGACGAAGGGCAGACGCUUGCGUACACGAGUGAAUUGUUCACGUUCGGCUUGGGGAACUGGUUCAAACACCAUAACAUGUGCUUCAUGCUGCAAGAAGACGACGAGGUUAGAUGA